CGCACGUCACGAGCGCCGGACACAACGCGCACCACCACCCCGUCCGUGUCCGGCCCGCUCCAACCGGCGCCGGGCCCCUCCACCACCACCUGCCCCGCCCCGGCCGGGACGCCGCCGCCCACUGCCCACAUGAAGUCGGCGUGCGCGCACGCGCCCCCGCCGGCGCCCCCGCGCGCUCACACGGCCGCACACCUGACAUCUCUAUAUAUCACAAGCGUCGCCGCGCCUCCCUGGCCUCCACCAUCAAGCCAAGCGGCCCAAAAUUCCACUCCAUCACUCACUAGCUCUCGCGCUUGCUUCCGAUCCCCUGCGCGCAGAGAGCAUCAGCUCCGGCGAGCUCUGGCCGCCAUGGGUCCGAGGGCGAUGGCGCUCGUGGCGGCGGCGAUGAUGGCGUCGGCGGCGGUGGUGGGCGGGGACUUCGCGGCGGACCGGGCGGAGUGCUCGGACAAGCUGGUGGGGCUGGCGACGUGCCUGGCGUACGUGCAGGACGAGGCGGCGGCGCCGACGCCGGACUGCUGCGCGGGGCUCAAGACGGUGCUGCAGACCAGCCGCAAGUGCCUCUGCGUGCUCGUCAAGGACAAGGACGACCCCAACCUGGGGCUCAAGCUCAACGUCACCAAGGCGCUGGGGCUCCCCGCCAUCUGCAAGGCCGCCGCCAACAUCUCCGACUGCCCCAGGCUGCUGAACCUGGCGCCCAACUCCAAGGAGGCGCAGGUGUUCGAGCAGUACGCGAAGCAGGCGGCGGCGCAGGGCACCGUCCCCGGCGGCACCGGUGGCGGAAGCAGCAGCAGCGCGCCGGCCGCGGGCGCGCAGAAGAGCGGCGGCGCCGGGCCCGCGGGGCGGUGGUUGGGAGUGGGGAGGGUCGGUGGCGGCGGCGCACGCGCGGUGGUGGCGCUGCUCGCCGCGGCCGCUCCACUCGCCGUGCCUCUCCUCAUCCUGCUGGGAUAGACGGCGACCGGUGAACGGGCGGCGGCGGAUCGCAUCGGAGGUGGUUACGUGAUUGCGUCUUGCGUGCGUGCUGUGCUGUGCUGUGUACUUGUGGAAAGGAAGUGAUCAAGCACAGGUCCAGUGAGGAAUAGUUGCAGCGUUGGCAGUUAAUUAUCGUUUGUUUAACCGUUGGCGGUUACUAUCACACUUUAUCAUCAUCAGAUUAUCAGCUUAUGGACAAAAGCCCCUUCAAAAAAAAAAAGCUUAUGGACAAAACAAAAGCCCGUUGAUUUCCGUUUC